AUGUCUAUCGAUGAUAAUAACGACAACAAUGAGACUAAAUCAGCCAAGCAAUUUGGGUUCGACAGCCAAUGCGAAGAAGAUGAAGAGGAUAAGGAAUCCAAUCAAGAGCCAUGUCCGUUGAAAUCCUGCAACAACAGCGGCGAUAGUGGGGAUUAUAUCAGUGUCGGCAAGAAAGCCGAGAAUUACAACAAUCAACCGACCGUGAGCGGCCAAGUACGAGCACGAGCAUCCAGGAAAGGCUCGUCAUCAGCGUCAAAUCCGUAUGAAUUUUACUAUUAUUCUGGGUUUGGGCCGUCGUGGGGGAAAAAGAGACGCGGAGGAGAUGAAGUAAAGGGAAUCAGAAAGAUUAAUCGCAUUGAUCCUAAAGAGGUCGAAAACAACGGAAGCGUUAUCACUUCCCAAAACAAUUCGGCGCUGUCGUCUUCCUCACAAAUCCAUGAUAACGAAGAAUUUGAUUAUGUCGAUGACGAUGAGAAUGAGGACAGUGGCAAGAAACGAAUGAGAAAGCCCAUUAAAGCAAGAUCGUUGAAGUCCCUAAUGUGA